UUCUGUGUUCUAAUACAGUGCGCUGAUCAACGACAAGAUGGCAGUGAGUGAGUCUAUGAAGGGUCUUCUACUAAACCUCUGCAUCUGUAGUUAUGUUUCUACUGUGGAAGCGUGGGAACUCACCCUGCUUCACACCAACGACGUCCACGCAAGGGUUGAGGAGACGAGCAACAGUUACGGCAAAUGCACCAAGCCUCCGUGUUUUGCCGGUGUGGCAAGGAGGUUUACGAAAAUACAGGAGGUCCGGAGCCGGGAGAAGAACGUGAUGCUGCUGGACGCAGGCGACCAAUUUCAGGGAACCGUUUGGUUUAAUGUAUAUAAGGGAGCCGAGGCUGCCUAUUUUAUGAAUAAACUUGGCUACGAUGCGAUGGCUCUGGGGAAUCAUGAGUUUGACAAUAACGUGGAGGGACUUAUCAAGCCGUUUCUCCAGGAGGUGAAGUGCACAGUCCUCAGUGCUAACAUCAAAGCAGAUGACACACUUGCCCCACACAUCAGCGGGCUUUAUUUCCCAUAUAAGAUAUUUGAUGUUGGCUCUCAGAAAGUGGGCGUGGUUGGAUACACUUCAAAGGAAACACCUGCCCUGUCACAAACGGGACCUAACUUAGUGUUUGAGGAUGAGAUUGAUGCCCUUCAGCCCCAGGUUGACAAACUCAUCACCCUGGGGGUCAACAAGAUCAUCGCCCUCGGUCACUCUGGCUUCGUUACGGACAAAGAAAUAGCCAGAAGGGUGAAGGGCGUGGAUGUGGUCAUUGGAGGACACAGCAACACAUUUCUGUACACAGGAGAGAAACCUUCCUCUGAGGUUCCGGCAGGUCCUUACCCCGUCAUGGUGGAAUCCGAGGACGGGCGGGACGUCCCUGUGGUGCAGGCCUUUGCUUUUGGGAAAUAUCUGGGUUACCUCAAGGUGACAUUUGAUGAGGCUGGCAAUGUGGUCCAGUCCACAGGCAACCCCAUCCUGCUGGACAGCUCUGUACCAGAGGACCCCAGUAUUCUUGCUGACGUAAACGAGUGGAAAAAGGCCCUGGCAAAUUACUCCUCCCAGUAUGUGGGGGAGACCCUGGUGUAUCUCAAUGGAACGUUUGAAGAGUGCAGGUUCCGAGAGUGCAACCUGGGAAACCUAAUCUGCGACGCUAUGGUACACCACAACAUUAAAUAUGCAGAUGAGCUUCAGUGGAACCAUGUCAGCUCCUGCAUCGUCCAAGGGGGAUCAAUCCGGUCAUCCAUAGAUGAACGCAGCCGAAAUGGUUCCAUCACGAUGGAAGACCUGAUUGCUGUGUUGCCGUUUGGAGGCACCUAUGAUCUGGUGCAGCUGAAGGGCUCCACUCUGAGGAAAGCUUUUGAGCACUCUGUCAGGAGAUAUGGAGGGAACACAGGGGAAUUCCUUCAAGUAUCAGGAUUCCAUGUAGAGUAUGAUAUGUCAAGGCCCCCAGGGGAGCGUGCCAGGAGUAUCAGUGUGCUCUGUACGAACUGCCGGGUGCCCGUCUAUGAGCCACUGGACAACAGCAGACUAUACAAGGUGGUCCUGCCCUCCUACUUGGUGGAAGGAGGAGACGGAUUCUCCAUGAUCAAAGAGGAGAAGCUGAAACACGACAGUGGUGACAUGGACAUUUCGGUGGUGGCCAGCUACAUUACUGAGAGGAAGAAGGUGCACCCAGCUGUAGAAGGACGUAUCAAGAUUUCCAACUCAAAUUCAGGAGGAUCUGGAUACACAACUCUGUUAAUCCUCAUAGGGCUGGUGAUGGCUCUGUCUAGGAGCCUAUGAGAUCCCUGCCUGCAACGCUAGCUCGCCAUUGGACGUGUUCUUCUCAGCAUCCAAGGGAAGAGCUCAACUCUAGUUAGUCUAGUGAGUACAAAUUAAGGACAUUGGUGAAAUAUCCAUUAACAAGGCUCUUAGAUAUUUCUAUAUAAAUACUGUAAAUGACACACUGGACUUCUCUAGACAGGUUUUGCUUUGUCAAGUCUCAUGUACAGUAACUGCUGUCAAGCUCUUGCUCGGAAUUUUGUUUAUAUAAUAGUACCACAUACAUAAGCAAACUUCAACAGAGAUGGAAACAGAUGACUACUGGCUGUUUUAAUGUGUGCACUGUGCAGAGUAUGCUUGCUCAACCAGCAUUAGUUUAUGGGAGAAGAUAUACGAGCUCUGUUAAGCUCUUUGGGACCAGAGAGGUAUCUAGAAAGGAGAUAAAUGAGUUGGUCAACCUUUUGUAAAUAUUUAUAGAAUCCUUUACUAUGGUCAUGAAUGCUAUACUACUGUUUUUUAUUUAUAGGAUGGUAUAAAAUCUGAUCAGGACUUUCCUAAAGUUGGUUAGCUUGUUUCAAAUCCCUGUUAAAUCUAAAGAAAUACAUUGAGAACCAGAGGUCAUAAAUUGAGUUUCUGUUGUAAUUUGUAAAUGGCCUAUGUGAAAUGUUUUAUUUGGCUUAGUUGUGAUAUUGAAAUAAGCUUGGUAGUAGUACAUUUAGACAGAUGUCAAUGUACGUCUAGCAGAUAUGUGAUUUAAAAGCUGAUCUUGAACUAGCUCUCAUGCAAAAAAAAAAAAAAGUACACUGCCUCAUUCCAUCUAAUGUAGCGUUUCAAAAAGGAAACAAUGAAAUCCCUCUGACUCAAUGGUGUGGCUUUGCUGCUCUCACCAUUGAUCAGAACUGUUUAAGGGCACAGGAGUAUUCUGAGGAAAAGGAACAUUCUCAACCUCCCAAAGGCUUUAUUCUUUACAGGGGCCAGCCAUUCAUCUCCACCCACCGCUGGCACCGGGAAUGCACGUGGUAUUACCAUGGAAAGUAUCUCCUUUCCACAGUGAGAGAGCAGAUGGAAAUCGUAUUAGGUCAUAUGCAGGACAACCUCAAUUUAGAAAACUGAGAAGCUGACUUUAAACAUGCUCCUAACCACAGGUCUCAGCUCAUUGCUUCAGCCUGCAUCUCUAUUUUUACAGCACACAAAUUAAACCAUAGUUACGGUCGGGGAAGACCUCUUACAUUGACACAUCAAGGAAUUAUUUAAGCCAGAUGACAUUUGACCACCCAGUAAAAUCAAUAAAUAUAUUUUAUUUUUGUACAUUGGAAUGUUGAUAUGAUCCCAGAGACAUUGGAAUUUUCACUGCACUUUCCUCCAGGGAAGGGUAGCGUGCUGUUAUCUACAUCCACUGGCUACUAUCGGCCGAUGGCUCUCUCUGUCCCUGCUGAAUAGACAACAUUAUCACGGUAUCCGCAGGAAGGUACACAAACUACAUCCUGGUACCUUCCUACUUUAUAAAUAAGCGUGUCUUAAACUUCUAAAUAGUUUGGAAAAGACAUGGUUGGCUUGUGUAUCCGAUUCUUAGGAAUUUACCUUGCCAAGCUCUGGAAACAGUUCUUCGACAGCAAUAUCCAUCAGAACGUAAGUCAUCUGAGGGGCAGAAACAAGAGAGAAAACAGAUAAUGCACCAUGAAACCUUGGCUGCAGAGAAAAUUGUCUCCUUGUUUGGCUUUACCUGCUUGUUAAGAAGUGGCUGCUGAAAACCGUCAAAGAGAAGCCCGAUGCCCUCGUAUUUGGCCUCCUGUCCAAUGCACUUUUCCACAAAGUCUAUGAGGUGAAAAGACAAAGACAUCAAUACAGUACAACGGAGGCCCACUUAAUCCAUAAAAACUCAAACUAUACCUUUGGCAGGUGAUUCCAUCAAAAUAUUAUGACUAUUUCCAUGGAUGAUGCCAUUGCACUUGUUCAACAUGCAGCGUUUCUGCCAGGACAUGCUUUCAAAAUUAGGACCAGGCUUCCAGAGAUCAGAAUGAAACCGAUAAAUCAGGGAGUGUUCACCAGACACAGGUUGUGUCCCAAAAUGGCAUCCAAUUCCCUUUAUAGUGCACUACUUUUGACCAGGGCCCAUAUGCACAGGCAAUGGGACUUGAUGAAAUGGAAAAUAUCUGGGCUUGGUGAAAACUAUUCUGUGUCUGGAUGUCAUUAGUUAAUACAAUGUAACAAAACGGAACUUGCUUGGUGGCUAAUGAACUGUGAUUAAGACAUGAAUCCAUCAUGCUGAGAGCUAGAUAUCUUGUGUAGAGAGUGCAUACUGGAUCUGUGCAGCACAUGAAUACAGCAAAAGAAUACUAGAGAACAUGUUAGCCUGAGUUCCAGUCUGUUUGUAUAAUAACAAUUUGGUGGGUGCUUAUAUUUUCUUAUUUCACACGUGUGAUUUGGAAAUGUUUUUUUGCAUAUCCCAACUCACCGUCGGCAAGUGCCAGUCUGUUUCUGCUAUCAUACCAACUCCUUGUCAUAUCAUGUUUGUCAUGCCAUGACCAGGCUAAAAGCUUGGGUCUAACCUGGCACAUAAUUCAUCAUCUCUUUAAAUGCCUUCUUGGCUCUUCUCUGCUUGUCUCCUGUAGUGAGUUCCUCACUGGUCUCACAGAACACAGCAUCUAAGAUAGGGCAGAAAACAUCAUCAUGAUCUGGGAGAAGUGGAAGGCAAUUCCAGAACUUAAUGGACAGUAAUUCACAACAACAACAACAGUGAGAUUGGCUAAGCACUGAAGUGGAACAGCAACAUCUACAGUGAUUGUGUGUAUUCCCCUAAAACCCUUUGGUGGAGCCUUAGGAAGGAAAUAGGAGGGGUCGGGGAAGAAAAACAUUACUGAAGCAAUUCACCGUACCUCUGAGCAUGGUGAUGAGAGAGACGACGUGGUGCUCCUGCAGGAUCACGUCCAGUUUGUGCUGGAUGUAGUUAUCCAUGUAGGCCUCCAGCGUGUUCUUGAACAAGAUCCGUCCCCCCGACAGGAUGUGAUGCAACCAGUCUGGCAUGUGGAACACCACUCGACCUGUCGGGUCAAGCAAUCUUUUCAUCAAAUGUAUUUUGUUACAUGAGCAGUUGUCACAAGCACAGUACCAAACAUAAUGAGAAGAAUCAUGGCUGGGUAAUAGGUGUGGGUCUGACAGUCCUGACCUUCCUACAACUAGCACUGUGACGGUCACAAUUCUGUUUGUACACUUGCUUGCAUGAAUAUGGUUCUUAAUAAAAGCUAUUUUAAAAAGACAUUACACUUUGUUAUUAUCAUCAUGCCAUUUCAUUAUUAUUAUUAUUUCAGGUUACUUAUAAAUAUGAAUCAACAAAUUAAGAAAUGCCAGGUUGGAGAGUGUCAUUUUCAUAUUGACAUCGCUAAUGGAGUCAAAAAUAAAUAUACUACUUUGUCCUUGUU